AUGCGACUGCUGCGCGACCACGAAUCAUAUGUUCAUACUGAGUCACUACAUGAGAUACUUGAAGCCUUGCAUUCUUCAUCGGAAUUUGCUCCAAAGCCGGAAGUCAUCGAGCUCUGUCGACGGGAUAGACUCUUUCUAGCGGCGACCCUCGCCUCUGCUGUCCUUCAACUGCACGGGACCUGGCUGAAGAAUCAAUGGAGCAGCCACGAUAUCCAAUUUGCGAACAAUCUAACAGACAAGUACUCGGCCAUUAAACGCCCAUAUCUCUCGUGGCAGGUAUCCGGCCCAUCCCCCGUAUGUCUUUCCUGCCAGGAUGAUCCACCUCCGCAAAAGAAACCUACCAGUCGUCUCCUCCCGCUUACCAUCUCACUCAUAGAGCUCUCACUCGCGACUGCCAAGAUACUUGACAAGGUACAGCAGGAAAGCGGCUCAACCUACUGCGACGUCGUCAAGGAGUGUCUUUACUGGUCUCAGCCUGGCGGGCUGGAGUUUGGAGAUGAGAAGUCUGACGAGCGGUUGUUUGAGGCUGUUGUGUCUCCGCUGCUUAGGGAUUUUAGUUCUUUCGAGGGGAUAUCAUAUGUAGAGUAG